CGACAUUCGUACACAGAGGACGCACCUGCAUCUAGGCCCUUAGACUAGAGAAUGUUGCUCAAAUAUUUUCCGCUGAUUUUGCUGGCACAGUUCGUGCUGUCGGCACCCACACUGCGCGUUCCGAGCAGCAGGUCGGACGAUCCGGUGCAGAAGCAACUGGAGCAGGAGGCACGCGAGGAGACAGUCAGGCUGCUGAACGCCCUCUUCCGAGCACAAAUCGCAUAUUUCACGGAGGUGAAGGCCAAGCUGAAUCCCCAGUCGAGGCGGGCCACUGACAUAGAUCAUUAUGUGGCACGUGUGAACGCGGCCAUUGCGGAGAACGAUCUGGACAAGAAGGAUCAAAUAUGGCUUGACAUAUUCGAAGAUUUCAGGAAAUCGCCCUUAUUGAUAAACAGACCAGCUGAAACGGGCCUCAGCGAUGAGGAGUACAAGGAUUUGCUCACGGAUGGCAAACUGCAAGAGAUCUCAAAGAGUUUCGUCUCCGAAGUGGCAUCAUAUUUCUGGAAAAUGGCCAAGCUCAGUGGCCGGGUCGUCGAGAACCACAUCGAUGGAAUAUCGAAUGACAUUAUUCGCAACUGAAUACAAAAAUCAACAAUAAACCAACGCACAAUGUGUGACAAUCGAGUGGAA